GUCAAGUAAUUGUUAUAUGCUUCGGCAUCAUUGCUCCUGAUUCCUAGGGCAUUUCAAUCAUUUAAAGUUGGGAAUAAGGCAUUUUUGAUGCAUGACAGUCUUGUGCAUCGGCAGGCUGAGAUGCAUCAGGAACAAUACUGCUGGUGAGUAACUUUGGGGUAUGGAGUUUGUCACGUGUUCAAUUUGACCUUUUUGAUGUUAAGAAUUAAGAGGUUCCUUAUGCCCGUUCUUCUGAAGCUCGAGCCGACAUACUUAGAUUAUUUAGAUUUCUAGCAGAUGAAAUUCCUGCAGAUGCCCUUUUUUUUAGAUGCCAAAGCGCUUCUUUGGGAGAGCUUACUUACUCUUUUCACUUGUAUGAAAAUAGCCGGUUAGAUAUUCGCUGGCAGCUCCAAGUAUACUUGUGAAAAUAAUUAGAAGCAUAGUGAUUAGUCAAAACGCUUGGAGCCUCCCAAAUAACCCAGCUGAAGUAGAUAUUUGGGCUGGGUUACUAGAAACUUUUUGGUUCUGGUGAAUUAUAGCAUCCAAAUCCACGAAAACUAAUGUUAGCAACUUGGUUUAUGUCUCGGUUGAUGCAAUAAACUAAUAGGGAGGAAGGCUCUGGGUCAUCACGCCAAAGCAGGAGUGGAACCGACAUUCAACGAGGAGUCGGAAGGCACAACGUGCGACGAAACAAACAAAUGUCGGGAACCCAAUUCGUCUCUCUCUCUCUCCCUUCUUAGCCAAAUCAUCAGAAGUUCAUGAUGCGAUGAAACAUGAGCAACCGUGUCAAGUCGUAUUGCGUCGCGAAUGAGGCACGGAUCCUUCAGCCUCUCGUUUCUGGUUUCCUCCUUUCAGGUUGUUUUCGUGAAUUCAGGGUCACCCCUGGCAAGAGAUCCCCCAAGAACCAAGCUUUGAUAUUUAUUGUCAGAAGAACAUCAGCAGGGGCCCAAUGUGAUAUCCUGGGCAGCUGGUUGUGGACCCAGGCCAAUGAAAGGGCCAAUUUCAUCGGUUGAAGAAGACGACAGUACUGUACUCACUACUCGAGAACCUGUCCUGUACUCGUGAAAGAGAAACUUCUGUCCCUAGAGUUUUUAUUUUGGGUCGAAAUUGCCCCCGCGGUUUGGAAAUUACAAACGAAGGACGAGAAAGGUCUUCGCUUCGCAAACGCUAGCCUCGAUCUCUUUCCCCAGGAUCAAAGUCCAGUCCGAGCAAGGCAAUAAUGCAUUCUGCGUCAGCGCGGUCAGGUUUAAGCAGAGAAGUACAGCGACUGGUCAGUGAUCGCAUUUCAAUUUUCUCGUCCUGGUUCAGGAGACUGAGCCGCGACAGAGAGAUUGCGUUGGAGGGUGUAAUGUGUAAAACACAGUGUACCCCUGUUUUCUCGGGCCGGGCGUGGUUUGACUGAACUAAACUCGCUCACUAAAUCCAAUCUUAAUCCAGAUUACCGAAGCAAAACCCCUCCCUCCUCCGCCUCCUCCUCGGAAAUCCCAUCACUGCCCUUUCGGUUUCCGAUUCCACCACCUACCGUCUUUAACCAUUGACACCUACGUCGUCGCUCUCUCACUCAGAAAGAAUUUAGAAUUUAAAGGGGUCCAAGGAAGAAGAAGGUUCCGUUGUUUUCUCCCACGUCCCCUCUCUCCCUUUCUCUCUCCCCCGUGACUGAGCCCCAGGAAAAAAAAAAUCAAAUUUUGAACAGUGAAAGGGUUUUAUGAUGGCGGACGAAGUAGAUUUUGUAGAGGAGGACGAUGUUGAUGAGAGCGGAAGUUUCUGUCAGUUGCUUCUGGCGAAUGGGGUGGUGGGUCUUGAGCCCGCGAUGGAGAAGCAGAGCUUCAUCUUCCCAAAGGACGAGAGGUCUCCUACGAUUCUCUGUUUCGGAAGAGACGAAGUUGAAGAGCAAGGCCAAGCUCUUGUUUUCCAUCAGAACCAACAAGCCACUGCCGCAUGCACUCCUCCUUCUGCUUCACUUCCUCCUCCGUCCUGCACUAAAAGCACAAACUUCAACGCACUUCCCAAACCCAGAAGGAAGAGAGGACGGUCUAGUCAAGAAUCGUUAGUAACUUCCACGGAUGAUGUCCCAAUCCCAAAAACUAGUAAAAAGAGCAAAAUCCAGAGCCCCCCUCCUUCAAAUGCUCUUCCAAAGGGGAGGAGAGAGAAGCUUGGGGAGCGAAUCCUGACGCUGCAGCAGCUGGUUUCACCCUUCGGAAAGACAGAUACGGCGUCAGUGCUGCACGAAGCGAUGGGAUAUAUCAAGUUCCUGCAUGAGCAGGUUCAGGUUCUCUGCUCUCCUUAUCUCCACCAGCCUUCCACGCCAACUCACCUCUCUGAGGUUGGCGAAAACGGUGGACAAGAAGGAUCCGGAAUGGACCUGAGGAGCAGAGGACUGUGCUUAGUCCCCAUGGCAUGCACCUUUCACUUGGAAAGCAGGAACAAUGGAGCUGAUCUUUGGUCACCUUCCAUGGCCACCAGCUUUUCUCCUUCGACCAAAGAGCAAGAGAGAAAUGAACCAGCUUCAAUGUCCAAGCUUUAAGACAAAGGCAGGGUACUUUUGACGAGGAGUGAUGGGACUGUGCUUGCCUUGACAUUUUGAAGGAAAAGAGGCCAAGGAAAGAUGUGACAAAACUUAGCAUAAAAAGGUAGGUGAAGAGAAAAACAGUCAAGGGCUAAAGAUAGUACAUUUUCCUUUUUUCUGGUGAAGAAAAUAACAGUACUUGAUGAAAUGAUGGGGCAUGGGAGUGGGAAAAGGAGAACUUAAGAAGGGUCCUUUUUGUUUUGUGAUUGUCCAGAACAGAGUCACGGGCAGCUGUCUUUUUGCUCAGCUGCUCCGGCUUGGGCAUAGGCUUCUUGUGUUGAUAUUGACGGUGUAAUUACUUGUGUUAACUUUUCAUCUUUAACACCAGUCCCCUAAAUAUGAUGAUGAUUAGUUACUG